GUGACCAAAGCUCUCACACUGCGCUCACACUGGCAGCUCCUUUAAAGCCACUUGGAUUACAGGAGCCAGGAGUCAGUCAUUGAAUUGUCACUCUGUCAGGGACAGGCACAAGGCUUCCUUCUUCAUCUGCCCCAGGCUGCCAUCCACUUACCCCAUCCUGCCAAUAUCACUUACCUCAUCCUGCCACCCUCAGGUACCACAGGCUGCAUCUCAGUUACCCCAGGCUGCCACCCUCAGGUACCCCAGGCUGUAUCUCUAUUACCCCAGGCUGCCACCCUCAGGUACCCCAGGCUGUAUCUCUAUUACCCCAGGCUGCAUCUCAGUUACCCCAGGCUGUCACUCUGAGCCCACCUCUUCCUGCAGUUUUUGGGUACCCUAGCCUGUCACUUGCCCCAGGCUGCCAGUCUCACUCAGCCCAGGCUGACACUCGGUUACCCCAGGAGGCCUGUCCUACCACAAAGCCCCAGGCGCUCAGUCUUUGUUCCUGGCGCAGCUUCCCAGCAGAACACUGAAGGAGACUUCCCUCUCACUCACGUAUGGAUUAUCCUCCUCAGACAGAGAUGGUAGAUAUGGGACUCAGUGAGAAGCAAGUGGAGGCUUUGGGAACAGAGACACCUGAUCCCAGUUAUACUGGAGCUGAUAUCCCAGAGAUGGAGGAAUUUCUUCCACAUGUCGCAGGAAAGGAAAAACCCAGAUUUACAGAUUUCGAUGGGAAGACAUCUUUUGGUAUGUCUGUUUUUAACCUCAGCAAUGCCAUCAUGGGCAGCGGCAUCCUUGGGCUGGCAUAUGCCAUGGCUAAUACUGGAAUUCUUCUUUUCCUGUUCCUCCUCACUGCAGUGGCUCUCCUGUCCAGUUAUUCCAUCCAUUUGCUGCUAAAGUCCUCAGGGAUUUUGGGCGUCAGAGCCUAUGAACUGUUGGGGUAUAAGGCGUUUGGUACGCCAGGAAAGUUGGCUGCUGCUAUUGCUAUAACGCUGCAGAAUAUAGGAGCCAUGUCCAGUUAUUUGUACAUUGUAAAGUCAGAGCUUCCUCUAGUCAUCCAGACGUUCCUUAAUCUUUCAGAAAAAACAUCGGACUGGUACCUGGAUGGGAACUACCUGGUGAUUAUGGUGUCUGUCUCCAUCAUCCUCCCAUUGGCACUUAUGAAACAGCUGGGGUAUUUGGGAUAUGCCAGUGGAUUCUCCCUCAGCUGUAUGGUGUUCUUCCUGUGCUCUGUGAUAUACAAGAAGUUUCAGAUACCGUGCCCUUUCCCGUGGGAUAGUAUGAACCACACAAUGUCUGGGAAUGUGAGCAUACAGUCAGCAAGUCACGUGUAUCAGAACGGCCAUGCUGAUGUGGAGGAAUGUGCACCAAAGAUGUUCACCAUCAACUCACAGACAGCAUACACAAUCCCUAUCAUGGCCUUUGCUUUUGUGUGCCACCCAGAGGUCCUGCCAAUAUACACCGAGCUGAAAGACCCCUCCAAGACGAAGAUGCAGAAAGUGUCUAAUAUCUCCAUCGCUGUCAUGUACUGUAUGUAUUUCCUGGCUGCUCUCUUCGGAUACCUCACCUUCUAUGAUCACGUGGAGUCAGAGCUCUUGCACACCUACAGCUAUGUGGAUCCCUUUGACAUCCUGAUACUAUGUGUGCGAGUGGCAGUACUUAUAGCUGUCACACUUACGGUGCCCAUCGUCCUCUUCCCGGUUCGCCGUGCCAUCCAGCACAUGCUGUUUCAGAAUAAGGAUUUCAGCUGGAUCAGACACACACUUAUCGCAGUGGUACUUCUUACUCUUAUUAAUCUUCUUGUGAUCUUCGCCCCAACCAUUCUUGGCAUCUUCGGGAUCAUCGGCGCCACCUCUGCCCCGUGUCUAAUAUUCAUCUUCCCAGCUGUCUUCUACAUUCGGAUCAUGCCCAAGGACAGAGAGCCAAUGAAGUCCCCACCCAAGAUCCUGGCCGCGUGCUUUGCUGUACUGGGUGUACUAUUUAUGAUCAUGAGUUUGAGUUUCAUCAUCAUUGACUGGACAAGUGGAAGCAGUAAAUCGAGUGGCCACCACUAACCCCUAUAGGGACCUCCCAUCCCUCAUAUCAUUCUCGUAGCUCCAGGAAGCCUCACUCUGGCACGUCAUGUGACACCGCUGCUGGUACAUGGCAGUCACCAUUGGAAUGUGUGAUGUCAUUUUUAUAUAUAUAUAUACGUACUUCUGGAAGGGUUAAUAUUUGGGGCGGGAUGAGACAAUUUGACCCCUGACUUCCCUCCAUGAAGAGGUGGCACUAAUGUGUCCGUUAAUUACUGUAGAAGGGGGAAUAUAGCAGUAACAUAUAUAGCUGCUAGGAACAGGACCUGCUUCCUUUCUUUCUGUUACCGUGUUUAUGGAGCUGCUGUCGUUUCCUGUUUGUCAUCUGAUAAUGGUACAAUUCCUGGAAAAAAAGUGCAUUUAUUGUCAACAUUCAAGGGAUGAGAGGAUGAUAAGACUUUCUAGGGGCCCCUCACUAUUGGGGCCACUUUUUUAUUUUUUUUAUUUCAUUUUAUUUAAAAUCUAUUCUUCGUGAAAGAUAUUUCAUCUGUGAGCCAGUAUAUAGGGAAGUAUCCCAGAACUAGGCCCCAACAGCACAAAGGUUAUGACAGAGAGGAACGUUAUAACUUUUUUUUUAACUGUUUCAAGUAAAAUUGUGUCUGGAACUUCUGGUGGUCAAAGUGUUAAAGUGACGUCCCUUCCUGUGGUAUCUGAAUGGUAUUUCUGCAGAAGCAGCAAAAACAAAAUGGCAGCGGACGUCCUACAGAAGACAAAAACAGAAUUGAUACAUCACAACUUUCGGACUGGCACUGAACAACAGAAUAUAUUAUACUGGAAGAACGUGGUGGAGGCUAUUGUAUGUUGUCUACUAGUACACAAUGCUUUGAUUCUUUAGCUGAACCAUAUUCCUGAUCUCCAAAGUUUAACAAUCCGAUAAUUGGUAACUAUUGUUUCUACUGUUACAGAUAUAAAGGAGAUAAACAGUUAUUUGUACCAUGAAACACCUCCAUAUAUGGAGCGUAGCACGGAGGGUCCGAGAAUCGCUGUAUACUAUGAGGGGGCGUGAUAAGGCUGCAGAAAUAAUCUACAGCAAUCUUCAAUUAUAUUUACAUGGCACAUCAUUUGUGUAAUAAUAUGUUUUUAUGAUCUGUACAAACAUUACAACUUUAAACUUAUAGAAUAAUAUAAGAAAGAUGAAGAUUACAGAUCGUGUUUAGUACUUAAUCGAAUAAAUUCAAGCUGUAUUGUAUUUAUGAUCAGUAUUUAUAGGAAUGCCAUAGAACUAUACAAUGUAGUGUGACAAAGAUCUAAGUGUUUAAUUACUCUAUACUGUACAAUGUAGUAUAAAAGAGAUCUCUGUAUUUAAAUACUUAGCAGAAUGAUCAUGCCAACUUUAAAUACAUUAUAAUCUGGAUCAGUUCUCAGUGGAUCUUAAGAUACCACAGUAUAUUUGUAAGCAUUGAUAUGGAUACAGCUCAACGUAUAACUGUAGCAAUCACCUAGGCCAGGGGUGGCAAGCCUAUGGCACGAGUGCACGAGGUGCUGGCAUUCUACCUAUGGACUGCUGCUGUACUGCUUACUUUCAAUGUCUGCAGAUAUAAAAGUUAAUAAAAAAUGUUUUCAAUAUUCAUGUUAAAUAUUAGGAAUACAUUUAAUGCCCCUUUAAAUGGGAAAAAUGGCAGCAAUCAUAAAGGGAUAUGAAACCCAAAUGUUUUUCUUUCAUGAUUCAGAUAGAGCAUGUAAUUUUAAGCAAAUCUCCAAUUUACUCCUAUUAUCACCUUUUUGUUCUCUUGGUAUCUUUAUUUGAAAAAGCAUAAAUGUAAGCUUGGGUAGCACUUGCUUACUGGUGGCUACAUUUAUUGCUGCCAAACUCAAAUAGGUUUGCCCCCUCCGGACCUAAGCGAACAAAUGGUAACAGAUCGCACUGUACCCUUAUACUUUGUUACUAUAUAGACAACACAAUAUGUUCAUGAUCAGCUGAACUACACAGAUCAGUGUAUUAUCAUGCAUGGAGACACUUACUUAAAGGGACAUAAUACUCAUAUGCUAAAUCACUUAAAACUGAUGCAGUAGAACUGUAAAAAGCUGACAGGAAAAUAUCACCUGAGCAUCUCUAUGUAAAAAAGGAAGAUAUUUUACCUCACAAUCUCCUCAGCUCAGCAGAGUAAGUUCUGUGUAAAAAGUUAUACUCAGCUGCUCCCAGCUGCAGGUAAAAAUAAAAAAAAAUGAAGAAAUGAACAGCAGCCAAUCAGCAUCAGCAGUGCUGAGGUCAUGAACUCUUACUGUGAUCUCAUGAGAUUUGACUUAACUCUCAUGAGAUUUCAUAGUAAGCUUCCUUUACCUGAUUGGUGAAAUAAUAUGAGAGUGCACGAUGCUAGUCCCUUCAGCUGUCCCAGGACAAACACACUAAAAUGCUGCUUAGAAAUCCUUUACAAUGGGAGGUGGCUACUGAGGAACUUUUGAGGUAAAAUAUCUUUCUUUUUUACAUAGAGAUGUUCAGGUGAUAUUUUCUAGUCAGCUUUUUACAGCUAUGCUGCAUCACUUUCAAGUGUUUAAACAUUUGGGUAUUAUGGCCCUUUAAAGAAGCAUUACAUUUGUGUUUUUGGACUAAGAUGUAAAAAUGUAUUACAGUUUGUUUUGUGCUAAAUGUUUUGUUAAUGUUUGUGGGCUGUUUCACUGUUCGCCAAUAAAGGUGUAGGAGUUGCCCAUAUCAUCCAGUGAUCAAUCUAUAGUACCGAGAUGUGCACAAAUAUACAUUUCCUAUUAGUUUCCAAAUAUAUUUAAAAUAUUUCUAUAUAUCAUCAUACCUCCUAACAUUCCCAGAGGCUUUCAGAGUCAAGGAAGCAAGGGGGCUUGUGGGAAGUCACCUACCAAUGUUUUUUGGACAGAGUUACAAGAGAGGCAGAGCAGCAGGUGUGCUAUGGGCGUGGCCGGUGUCGGAGGUUGGGCAUGUUAUGGGCGGAGCCAGGCAGUUGGGAGCUCUGACAUUUAUACUAGGGUGGAAAAAUAUCACUAUAGUUUACAAGGCAGGGAAGAAAAGUUACUAGUCCACUUAAAGGGACAUGGAAGUAAAAAUGAAUCAUUCAUGACUCAGAUACAUUCACUUCUGUUAUCUUUGUUGAAAAGCAUGUAGGUAGGCUCAGGAGCAACCAUGCACUACUGAGAGCUAGCUGCGGAUUGGUAGCUACACACAUAUGCUUCUUUUCAUUGGCUCCUCAGAUGUUUUUGUUGCUGCUCUGGAGCUCACAUUAACCACGUGUUUAACCCUUUGCAAGGGUUGAACACAAAGUUAUACACAAGCACUAUUGCAAUAAUAAAAUGCUCUGACACAUUAGGACCUUUUCUUUUUCAUUUUUUUAUGUCCCUUUAAAAUUAAAGAUAGGAAAAAGGUCAUUUUGUUUUACUCGGCCAGGACGAGUGGAAAUUUCCAGCCCUGUGAUACAUACAUUUCCAUAUUUAAUUUCCUGUUGAUAAAGUUGUUUAUUGGUAAAUUAUGCAAAAUAAAUAAAUACAUUAGGAGUGUGUGACUAGAAACACCUGGUGCGGAUAAGGAAAAACGGAGGCAUAAUGGUAACUUUUUCUAUAGUAACCAUUUUACCUGACAGAUAUUGGUACCUCUACAUUUCCAGUCCUGUAUAUAAGGACAAUAGGACUAUAUAAGGACUAUAGGGGCCUAUUUAAGCACGUGCGAGCGGAUAAGAUCUGAUAUUGUGGAUCAUGUCCGCUGCACAUCGAUAAAUGCCGACAGCCUACGCUCUCUGCAUGUAUCAUUGCACCAGCAGUUCUUGUGAGCUGCUGGUGCGAUGCCGCCCCCUGCAGAUUUGCGGCUAAUCGGCCACUAGCAGGGGGUGUCAAUCAACCUGAUGGCAUUGGAUCGGGUUGAUUUCUGGCGAUGUCUGUCCGCCGCCUCACUAACUUGUGUUUCUGGCGAGCCUUCAGGGCAUACGGAGCUUGGUAAAUAGGCCUCUAAGUCUGUAAAGAAAUAAAUCACAUGUAUAAAAUGAGGAAGGAUUAAGAGUUUAAAAAGUUGCUGCUAUAUAAUCAGGUCACGUAAGCUAUUGGUCACAGCCUCCCGGGGAAUAUAGUCACUUUCCCACUGUCACUAUGACACACAGCACUUAAUGAGAAUGCAGAACAAUGUUUUAAAUCAUUAAUAUUCGGCACAAAGCUGUCCGGAAACAGCAGAAUACAGGGGACAGUGUGACAGAAUGAGGCCUACAGGGGAAAUCAUAGAAAAGACAGAACACGGGCAUGGGAAUGGUUGCAGGAGAAACGGGGGGUUGUGUCAUAGGACAUAGUGGGGGCACUGUGGCAUUAGAGAGUACAUUUAUGUGUGACAAGGCAGCACAAAAUACAGUGUAAUAGUGGGCAGGACAUAUUGUUACAUGAGACAGGGAGAGUGCAUGUGUAUGGGGUGACAGGGAGAGUGCAUGUGUACGGGGUGACAGGGAGAGCGCAUGUGUACGGGGUGACAGGGAGAGCGCAUGUGUACGGGGUGACAGGGAGAGCGCAUGUGUACGGGGUGACAGGGAGAGCGCAUGUGUACGGGGUGACAGGGAGAGCGCAUGUGUACGGGGUGACAGGGAGAGCGCAUGUGUACGGGAUGAGAGGGAGAGCGCAUGUGUACGGGGUGACAGGGAGAGCGCAUGUGUACGGGGUGACAGGGAGAGCGCAUGUGUACGGGGUGACAGGGAGAGCGCAUGUGUACGGGGUGACAGGGAGAGCGCAUGUGUACGGGGUGACAGGGAGAGCGCAUGUGUACGGGGUGACAGGGAGAGCGCAUGUGUACGGGGUGACAGGAGAGAGCGCAUGUGUACGGGGUGACAGGAGAGAGCGCAUGUGUACGGGGUGACAGGAGAGAGCGCGUGUGUACGGGGUGACAGGGAGAGCGCGUGUGUACGGGGUGACAGGGAGAGCGCGUGUGUACGGGGUGACAGGGAGAGCGCGUGUGUACGGGGUGACAGGGAGAGCGCGUGUGUACGGGGUGACAGGAGAGAGUGCAUGUGUACGGGGUGAAAGGAGAGAGCGCAUGUGUACGGGGUGACAGGGAGAGCGCAUGUGUACGGGGUGACAGGGAGAGCGCAUGUGUACGGGGUGACAGGGAGAGCGCAUGUGUACGGGGUGACAGGGAGAGCGCAUGUGUACGGGGUGACAGGGAGAGCGCAUGUGUACGGGGUGACAGGGAGAGCGCAUGUGUACGGGGUGACAGGGAGAGCGCAUGUGUACGGGGUGACAGGGAGAGCGCAUGUGUACGGGGUGACAGGAGAGAGUGCAUGUGUACGCACACAUAUACACAUAAUGUCAUACAUAAACAAACAAACACAUACACAGAUAGCCUAUGAAGACAGAUAUUAGAUUCAGCCAUUACUGAUGAAACAUAAGUGGACAAGAGUUCUCUUUAUAGUACAUUUAUAGAAUUAACCUCUUCAUUGCCAUCAUUCUAUUUACAUUGUUAUUUAAUUAAACACUUGGUUUCUAUAUAAAUUCUAUACCAUCCAUAUUAAAGACUAAAAUGUAUAUAUAUUUAAUGUUAACUAAAAGAUGUCAGGAAAGUAAUGCUACAGUAUCAGUUGUAUACUUCCUACUAAUGCUUACUGGCUAACAAUGACAACUCCCACAAUACUAUUGGUGGAAAGAAGCACACUUCUGUAAACCUGGCACGAAAAUAUUCCUUUUUUUCAGGACAGGAACAUGUGUUUAAACAAACUGUAAAACAUGUUGACUUGAAAUGCCUUCCUUUUGCUUUGAAAAAUAAGAAUAUUGACCAUUUAAAUGGAUGAUAUUUAUGUUUAGUAAGUGCUGUUAGAAACCCUCUUCCCUUAUUGUUAGAUGGAAAUGUCAAGUGUGCCUCUGUCAUAUUCCUGUGACAUGCGCUUUCUGAUGACAUCAUCACCAGCAAAUGUUCAAAUUUCUAAUUUAUCUUAUGUUUAGGUUUCACUUUUUUUUAACUACUUUGUAAUAAUAGAAAGCUUUAAUGGUCUGACCCUCCCCAGUUAGUUUAUAUGGCAGGGUGGGAGGUUAAUAUUGUUAUUUAAAAUUAUAAUUUAAUCAGUUGUUUGUGGGAGAAGGGAACUGUUUAUACAAAUAAAGUAAAUCUUUGUAUGUGAUAACAAAUAAAUAAAAUCCGUGAAUAUAAA